AACCAGGUUCAGGCAAAAUACUCAACAAUACUGAUGUCUUGUUUUUUUUGCUCUGUCCGGACCGCAACGCUGUAGCCAAUUUAGAUAUGCUAUAAAUUUAAGAGGUUGCCAUGGCCACGGCGCGCCCAUUGGCCGCCGGGCCCCCUACGUGCAGCACCACGUCACCAAAUCUGAAUAAGGAUGCGCGAAUUAGGCGGCGGCCAGACAAAGAUGAGGAUCUGGACCGCUUGAAAGUGGGGGAAAGUGCCGGCGCCUCCGCCAACCGGGAAAGCAGCUUGCCAGUACCGAAGCCAGCAGCCACCGGAGAUACCUGGGGGAGGUCGGAGCCAGCGCCAGGGUGCGCCACCCGUGGCAUGAGGCUGUGAACGCCACCGCCCUCCAUCCCACUCGGGGCAGUUCUGCGCCAGGCCAGAGAUUGUCCGGGGACUUGACCCGCUGAGUCUUGGUUGUUCCGGAUCGGACUCGCCCCGGCGGCGGCCCAAGACACGAGGCUGAGAGCAACUGCGGCGGGAACCGGGAGCCCAAAGGGCCCGGGGCCCAAAGGAAGGACCAGGCGGCCGGAGCCGCCAGGGUGCGCGGCUAUGAUGGUGCACUGUGCCGGCUGUGAGCGGCCCAUCCUCGAUCGCUUCCUACUGAACGUGCUGGACCGCGCAUGGCACAUCAAAUGUGUUCAGUGCUGCGAGUGCAAAACCAACCUCUCAGAGAAGUGUUUCUCUCGGGAAGGCAAGCUCUAUUGUAAAAACGACUUCUUCAGGCGUUUUGGCACAAAGUGCGCAGGGUGCGCACAAGGCAUCUCGCCCAGCGACCUGGUGCGCAAGGCCCGAAGCAAAGUCUUCCACCUCAACUGCUUCACCUGCAUGGUGUGCAACAAGCAGCUGUCCACAGGGGAAGAGCUUUACGUCAUUGACGAGAACAAGUUCGUGUGCAAGGAGGACUACUUGAGCUCCUCCAGCCUCAAGGAGGGCAGCCUCAACUCAGUGUCAUCCUGUACAGACCGCAGUUUGUCCCCGGACCUUCAGGACCCGCUGCAGGACGACCCCAAGGAGACCGACAACUCCACUUCAUCGGACAAGGAGACGGCCAACACCGAGAACGAGGAACAGAAUUCCGGCACCAAGCGGCGCGGCCCGCGCACCACCAUCAAAGCCAAGCAGCUGGAGACGCUCAAGGCAGCCUUCGCCGCUACACCCAAGCCCACGCGCCACAUCCGCGAGCAGCUGGCGCAGGAGACAGGCCUCAACAUGCGGGUCAUUCAGGUGUGGUUUCAGAAUCGACGGUCCAAAGAACGACGGAUGAAACAGCUGAGCGCGCUGGGCGCCCGGAGACACGCCUUCUUCCGGAGUCCGCGGCGCAUGCGUCCGCUGGGCGGCCGCUUGGACGAGUCUGAGAUGUUGGGGUCCACCCCGUACACUUACUAUGGAGACUACCAAAGCGACUACUACGCUCCGGGAGGCAACUACGACUUCUUCACGCACGGCCCGCCGUCGCAGGCGCAGUCCCCGGCCGAUUCGAGCUUCCUGACCGCGUCAGGGCCCGGCUCCACACCACUGGGCGCCCUGGAACCGCCGCUGGCCGGCCCGCACAGCGCGGACAACCCCAGGUUCACCGACAUGAUCUCGCAUCCGGACACGCCGAGCCCAGAGCCGGGCCUGCCGGGUGCGCUGCAUCCCAUGCCAGGGGAAGUGUUUAGCGGAGGGCCCAGCCCGCCCUUCCCGAUGAGCGGCACCAGUGGCUACAGCGGACCCCUGUCACACCCCAACCCCGAGCUCAACGAGGCGGCCGUGUGGUAAGGCCGAGGGACCGGGCCACCCCCCUGCGAUCGUGCCCGGGGGGGCCGCAGCCUCUCCCAACCAAAACGCAAGAUUCGACUCGGCCACUGUCUGGGUCACCCUCAGGGGUCCUCUCUCGGGUCCGCACCCAUUGGGCAGCAAGCUGCUCCUCAGCUGGGCACCGACCCGCGUCUCCACCCCCCAGAGCUUCAGCCCGUAGCCUGCGCUCUCCCUGCAGCCGUGAGCAAUUUCUUGGGACCAAAGUCAAUAUUCUGGAAGGUCGAGAUUCCAAACACGACCUGGACUCCCCCGGACCCCCACCCACUAUCAUCUCUGUGAACCAAGAGAGGGCCGAGGCCAAAAGGCGGCAAUCAUGGCUCUACCCGUCUCUGCGAACCAAGGUGUGUGUAAUCUUAUUUCUCACUUUCUUCAUCUUAAAAAAAAAGAUAAGAAAGAGAGAAAGCGAUUGAAAGAGAGAAGAGAUGGGGAAAGCCUCAGCCAGAAAAGAUGGAGAAAAGACCGCUGGUGAAUGAGGGCCUCGCUGGAAGACAAAUCCACCUGCGAGUUGGCGCCCUCUGGUGUCCAAUCUUGAGGCUCAAGGUCAGUUUUCCUAGGAAGCAGGACAGUCAGGACAGAAGGGGCCAGCUCCCUGAUCUUCCAUACUUUGACAUUAAUUUUGAGCCCAGGCCCAAGUAGCUGAGCUCUUGCCCGUAGACCACCCUCCCUGCCCGGGGCCUGGAGGCUGGGCCGUCAGGA